UCGGCGCAUCGGCGCGAUGUCCGGGGACAGCAGCGGCCGCCGGCCCGAGGGCCAGGGCCGGGGCCGGGGCCGCGACCCGCACCGGGACCGCACCCGCUCCCGCUCCCGCUCGCGGUCCCCGCUGUCGCCCGUGUCCCGCCGCGGCGCCGCGCCCGAGCGCAGGGAGGCCCCGGAGCGCCCGAGCCUGGAGGACACGGAGCCGUCGGAUUCCGGGGACGAGAUGGUGGACCCCGCGAGCCUGGAGGCGGAGACCGACCACGGCCUGUGCCGCCAGAUCCGCCAUCAGUACCGGGCGCUCAUCAACUCGGUCCAACAAAACCGGGAGGAUAUACUGAAUGCCAGCGACAAAUUAACAGAGGUCCUUGAAGAGGCCAACACUCUGUUUAAUGGAGUGUCCCGAGCAAGAGAAGCAGUCCUAGAUGCCCAGUUUCUCGUUUUGGCUUCAGAUUUGGGCAAAGAGAAAGCAAAGCAACUGCGUUCUGAUCUGAACUCGUUUGAUAUGUUAAGAUAUGUUGAAACUCUACUGACACAUAUGGGUGUAAAUCCACUAGAAGCUGAAGAACUCAUCCGUGAUGAAGAUAGUUCUGAUUUUGAAUUCAUAGUCUAUGACUCCUGGAAAAUAUCAGGCAAAACAGCAGAAAACACCUUUAAUAAAACCCAUACAUUCCACUUUCUGUUGGGUUCAAUACAAGGAGAGUUCCCUGUGCCAAAGCCACGAAGUGAACGUCCAAGAAAAGGUCCCACGACAGAAGAGAAGAAGACAAUGCCUGACCAGUUAAGUGAAAUGGAAGAAUCCCAUCAAGAAGCGACAGAGAAAGAAGUGGAAAGAAUUCUGGGAUUGUUGCAGACGUAUUUCCGAGAAGAUCCUGAUACUCCUAUGUCGUUCUUUGAUUUUGUGGUUGAUCCACAUUCUUUCCCCCGAACAGUGGAAAACAUCUUUCAUGUUUCCUUCAUUAUAAGGGAUGGUUUUGCAAGAAUAAAGCUUGACCAAGACCGACUGCCAAUAAUAGAACCUGUUAAUAUUAAUGAAGAAAGUGAGGGAAUUGACCAAAACACCCAAAUUAGGAAUCAAGGAAUUAUAGCUUUGAGCUACCGUGACUGGGAGGAGAUCGUGAAGACCUUCGAGAUAUCAGAGCCUGUGAUUGCUUCAGGCCAGAGUCAGCAGAGGCUAAGCGCUUGACGCCAGCAAAGGACUCAGAUGGAUAGCGAAAUCCAAAAAGGGAAGCAGCAUGUAUUGUAUAUAUUGUAUGAUUAAACAUUUUUAAAGACAGAUUGUUUUUAGUAAAAUGUAGCUUUUGAUAGUUAUGAAUUUGUCAUGGUUGUCUUUGAUUAAAGGAAAUUCACUGCCAUAUUCACAAA